CCGCCUCUCAUUCAAGGACCUGUCGCACCUUGAGGAGUCGAGAGAAUAUCUCAUCUAAUCGGUUAUGGCAUGACCAUCGACUCGAAAUACGGGAUAAGAGACUGAGGGGGCCAAAGCUACGGAGUACCUAUAGUCGGUGAUUCGUUGUCUUGAGAGGAGCAGUUCACCUCUUUCGCUCUCGUCGCUGAUUUUCCCAGUUUCCCUUGGGACUAAAUUCUAACCGUCGACUCCAAGCCUAAUUUAGUUUAACUCAGCUCUGCUUCGCCUUGUCGUCUUCAUAAUAAUAGGUGGUUUUAAUCGCCCACCCGAACUCCAACUCCCCUCUCCCUCUUGUUUCUCUCCCUUUCCCACUCGAUUGUUUCCAGUCCCAUUCCACCGUCACUUAAUCUACGUCGCUUUCCGUUUCCUUUCGAGACACUCAAUCUCUAGCCAACCCAUAGCUUAGAGCAGGAGAUCAGUGAUACCCCGAAGACUAAAAGCUCCAUCGUCAUACCUUCAAUACAUACACACUUUGCUUUCAUCCAAAACGUUCUUCCCUUACCUUGAUCCUUAACCCAUUUAUGCCUAAUCUACUGCCUUCUCAAGGAUCGCUUCUAUAUUUUUAACUGUCCGUUCUAAGUCCUUGGUUAACCCACUAAGCCCGCCAUAGUUCAUAUCCACCUUCUGGUCGGCGCCAUUGCCUCUCUAUCUUAGCUGCCGAACUGUUUCCUCACCGCGGCGGUUGGAAUCUUGUGAUUUAUGCAUGAUUGAUACCACUUCAGCUUCGAUCGUAUGCGUCUACCAUAAAUCCACUGCCAGGCCUCACUGAAAAGUGAUAAGGCUUGUCCGGCUCCAUUAUCCGCUACAGACCAGCUCCUUGUCCCUAAAGGCCCGGUCCGCGCAACCGAUUCUAAUCCGCAUUGGCAUAGAGGGGCCUUGUUAAAGUCUCCGUUACACUGCGCGGUUAGAUUAGACUCAGAUAUAAAACAACAGUGGCAAUGUCGGCUGUGGCGGCCCCAACGGUGGCUAAUGGAAACCAUGAUUCGACAAGAGACCCAAGUAUAGAGCAAAGCCCGUCUCGGUUUACUGCCGUCAACGGCAGAGAUCCUCCUUCGCUCUUACACAGCUCUUCGGACCUCCAACCGCUGGUUGACCGCAGCCAUGAAUGUGAAAGAUCUGUCGAAAGCCGACCUGGAAGUGACCAUCAAAAGAUUUCACCCGCGCAGAACGAACUGUUAAUGGAUAGCUUAUCGGAAAAAGUGAAUCACGAUCAAAUCGAAAACCUCAGGACCUCUGAUGCGUGCUCCGCCAGCCUAAAUCGAAACAAACGGAAGAGAUCUGAUUCUAGUGAUAGGCAUCCUUCGCCAUCGACCAAUAAUCAUACUCAAAGUAAUCCCAGAAGUCCCAACUCUAAAGCGGAUGAUAGCGUAACGGUGCAGGCACGUUCGCUAGAUACGAACGGCAUGGGAAAGCCGGCCACUACCCCUGAAUCCGAGCCCGCGGUGAAGACUAUGCAGCGACAAUACUCCUCUGCCGACCCAACAGAUGAAACCAACAUUAUUUCUCAUCGCCCUAGCUGGGAUAGCCGCGAUUCACGGUCUACAACGCAUGGAGAACAGUCAGCCCCCCCUGCUGAGUCUUCUGAUGCACAGGUCGCAGAAGCUCUCCAGCGGGAUGUGCAAGACAACAAUGUCGCUUCGAAAGCCUGGGAUCCUGUACCAAACGGGCACCCGGAUGAAACCACAGGCCCAAAUCAGGCUCAAUUGGCUACUCAUGCCACGAACCAACCAGAUGAUCAAGAUAAACCGCAUCACCAAAUUCAACCUCCAAACAAAACCCAAACCCAACCUCAAAGCAAGUCGCAAGCGCAAUCUCAAACACCUGCUACGCAGCCCGGCCCUAAAAGGAAGAGGGUGUUCAGUAAUAGAACCAAAACGGGUUGUAUGACGUGCCGUAGGCGAAAGAAGAAGUGUGAUGAGCAGCACCCUGCGUGUAAUAAUUGCAUUCGCGGCAAUUUUCCUUGUGAAGGGUAUUCUGUCCGUAGCACUUGGCAGAAACCCGCAAACCCUAAAGGGCCUGUUCCUUUGCAAUCAAAAGGAAAUUAUCCAGAGGUCGCUCACCCAUACACGCACGAAAUGAGCCCUCAGCGCCAUGACGCGAGGAUUCAGGCGACAAUGCUCCCAGAUGGUAGUAAAUCUCGACCAGUCCCUGUUGAUGAAGCCGAUCGGGCGGCAACGCAAUACAUUAGUAGCCCUCCGGGGCCCGGUUCGAGAAACUCAUGGCUUAAAAAUUCUUGGACUGCUCAGGGGCCAACGGCUUAUCUUCCAGACGGACCACCAAAACCUGAAUUCCGAGAGAGUUCAGGAUUGAAGGAAAUGUCCCGCGCCGACAAGUCUAAGUCGGAAUAUCCGGUUGUGCAUUCAUCUUGUGAACUAACUCAUAGUACACACGCUAAGCCAGGAAUGGCCGUAUUUCAGACGACAAUGGAACAAAGGUCGGGCCCUCCUCGUAUUGACCCUGCCAACUACUCUGCCCAAGCACGAAUGGCUCUGAACAUGGAACCUCAUAUUACGUUUGAAUCUAGCGGAAAGACAGAAAAGGAGAAGAUGCUCAGCGGCGAACAGUAUCGACCUUUCGAUCCUCAACUGAUCAAGGAUCGGGAACGCUGCAAAGCUGCCCUUUGGCGGUUCGCCAAUGCCGGUAACCCGAUCUAUGGCAUUAGUGCCAUCGAGCGUACUCGGCUAUUGAACGAAGUUUUGAUACCUUCCUCAGAGGGGCAAACCGAAAGCGUUUCUUCGAAUCUGGUUGGAUCUUUAGGUCCCGGUGCCGUGGUGGAAGCCCCUUUUAAUUGCCAUUACGGCUAUAACAUUAAUAUUGGGGAGGAUGUUCUGAUAUCUGAAAACUGCUUCUUCGCGGAUGACUGCACUAUUACCGUCGGUGCACAUACGUGGAUAGGUCCCAAUGUGACCAUUCUUAGUUCGAUGGCUAUUGGUAGUAUGCAAGAGCGUAAAGGCUCGCAAAGCCGUUACCAAGGACGCCCGGUUGUUAUUGCAGAAGAUUGCUGGAUUGGCGCUGGAUGCACGAUUCUGCCGGGUGUGACACUGGGAAGAGGGGCGUAUAUUGCUCCUGGUGAAGUUGUCAGGUCUCAAAUUUUGCCCUAUGGCUUUCAAGGUCUAAAACCCAAUUAUCCGUGAGCGUAUUUGUUUGCUACGAUACUCAUGUUCUGAUGCGAAAAAAAACAGCCUCAGCGGUGUAUUAUGUUUGAUUCUCGUUAUUUGAUUCUCCUGUUGCGUGUUUGGGUUUCUACAUUUGGAACUCUACGCAGCCCAAAAAGGUUGAUCGAACCUAUCUUACUGUCAACACUGCGGAUCUAUAUAUUUUUGCCUUGCUCUUUUCCUUUCCUUUCCUUUUGUUCCUGUUGCUGUGCCGUUUGAUAAUGUCCUAACUCACAUCCUACCUCUUCUUUUUUUUUUUUUUUUCCUCUUGUUUUCAAUUCCUAAUUGUCAUGGGAGGGCUGGUCCCGGAGUAGUUGCAUCUAUGAUCUGUAUGUCUGUAGUAUCAACAUAUUCACCGUUUGGA